UUUAUCCAUUCCUUUCACUAUUAUCUGAUGGUUAAUAUGAGUACCAAUUGAUUAAUAGCUGUUAGAGGAUGUCUGGAGCGGAGCAGAACGGUGUGACCUCAGCCAUGAAGUUUGACCCUGAUGACCCCGAGUGCCAGCGCCAGAUGUGGAGACCGCCCGACAUCGAUCAGGACAUGAAGGAAAUGGAUCGCCGCAAACGGGUUGAAAUGAUUAUGAAUAGUCAGGUCUUCAGAGAGGAAUUGGAGCGCAUCAUAGAGUCGCAGCUAAAUGAGGGCUAUUUGCCGGCCAGUCUGUCAGCCCUCCAACAGGUCACUGAACUCCUACUGCCGCACUCGGCACGCGGCUCAUCCCUCUCGAAACUGGGCCACUCAGGGAUGCCCAUCAACGACAUCCGAGGCAUCGAUGGCUUUCGAUACGCCAAAGGAGAGAAACUUCUUCGCUGUAAACUCGCAGCUGUCUAUCGACUGGUAGACCUCUACGGAUGGUCUGAAGGCAUCUAUAAUCACAUCACUGCACGCGUCAGUCAAGACACCGAACAUUUUUUGUUGAAUCCAUUUGGCCUCCAAUACCAUGAAGUGACGGCGUCGACACUCCUCAAAGUCGAUAUGCAGGGAAACGUGAUCGAUCCCGGCUCUACUAACUUCAGUUUCAACAGGGCCGGUUUUGUUCUUCACUCAGCCAUCCAUUCUGCGCGACCAGACAUUAAAGCAGUCAUUCAUUUACAUCACUCCCCCUGUGUUGCUGUCUCUGCCAUGAAAUGUGGACUUCUGGCCGCCAGUCAAGAGGCAGCCAUUUUAGGUGAUGUUAGUUAUCAUGACUACAAUGGGCUGCUAAUAGAUCCAGAAGAACGCGAACAAAUAGGCAGAAAUUUGGGUCCAUUUAAUAAAGUAUUGAUUUUGCGAAACCAUGGGGUACUCACCUGUGGAGAGACCGUCGAAGAGGCGUUAUAUUUGAUGCAAAACUUAGUGAUCGCAUGUGAAACACAAAUAAAGCUUAUGUCGUGUGGAUUAGACAACAUUAGGAUCAUGUCUACUGAAGCCGUAGAACAGGUUCGCUCGAUCAUCAAAGCCUCCGGCACUCAAGUGCAGGGAAAGCCUCCGACUACUGACGACUCGUCGGUUGUGCUCUCGAAUCGAGAGAAAGGCGAGAAUAAGGAGAAACUUAAGAAAUGGAAGGUUUGGGACCUCGAGUUUGAGGCACAGAUGCGGAUGUUGGACAACGCCGUGAGUGACCAUUGUUUACGAAUAACCAUUUGGUUGUUAAUAGCGUUGUAUUUGCAGGGAUUCCGUACGGGAUAUCUGUACAGACAGCCACUCCUGAGAGCAGACCAACAGCGCACUAAGUACGACGUGGAAGAGCCGCCCUCUGCCUCCUCUUUGGCCCAUUACCUCGAAGAAGACAAAUGGUUGAGUCCACUGAAGAAGUUGGUUGAAGGCCGACGAACCCAAGACAAGCUCCGUUGGGUUAACUCCCCGAAUGUCUACCAAAAAGUAGAAGUGUUGGAGUCGGGAACCACUGACCCUAAAAAGAUAACUAAGUGGGUUCAGGAGGCGGGCUCACCAUCUCAUAGCACUCCAAUCAAAAUAGAAACGCCCCACCAGUUUGCUCCGGUCAGUCUAGACCCGAGUGAGUUCAAGAGAAAACAGAAAGAGAUGAAAGAAGUUCGCAUUCAGAACAAGAUAUCGAGCGGACCUCAGAGUCAUAUACUGGAAGGGGUCACGUGGGAGGAGGUUAAGCAUAUGAACGAACAAAAAUCUGGAGAUCAGGUAGUCUUAGUGGGCGCCGCCUCUAAGGGCAUAAUUCAGCGCGAGUUCCAACACAACGCUAUGGUCUAUAAGAGCGCGUACGCCAAGAAUCCGUUCGAUAACGUCACCGAACAGGAGAUCCAAGACUACAAGAACAUUGUUGAGCGAAAGCAAAGGGGAGAACCAGGUUUGUCAUACCAGUGAUGGGCGUCUCCUCAUUGCCCAUAGA